AUGGAGUCGACAAGAUACGGAUUACCAUCCCCAAAAUCACCCACAGAGUCAUCAAAGCGCAUCGCUAUUGACACACUACUCAACCCAGAGAGUGCUUCAACAUGCGAAUCCCACUGUUUUUAUCCUACACGCAAACAACCGCCACCAUAUAUCGACUAUCCAGAUCGUCGUGAAAGAUACUCCAGCGGAUCAUCAACCACCAUCAGCAGUGCGUGUUCAACACCUGUAAAUGCAUCUUUCCAAGGCUACAAUCAAACACACUUUCGCCCACUCCAAUACCUAAACACGGGCUAUGGUUCCUACGAUGGACGGCCCGAGCCUACCUCAGCAACUUCCGAUAACUAUAAUUUUACUCAUCACCAUCACCAUCACCACUACCACAGUACAGUGAAUGGCAAUAGCAACAACGUUGGCAAAGGCCCAGUGUCACCCACUUCCUCACCAACACCUUAUCGAAGAGAACGAUUCCCUUCUGUCUCAAGUGGAACAUCAUCUGCACCAGUUCCAGAACGCCGUCGGCCACCUCGACCAAAGUACGACGAGGAAGAGAUGUACUUCAUCUGGUACCAUCGAGUUGAUCUAGGCCAGGAAUGGAAACAAGUCCGUGAAUGCUUUAACGCUCAAUUUCCAAACCGCCAGAGAACUGGUUUCCAGGGCAUCCAGUGCAAGUACUACCGCUUUAUCAAGGAAAAAAACUGUCCCACAUUACGAGAGCAACGGAGAAAACGAAGCGCUGCUGCCGCUUCGGCUGCAGCUGGGGGUGAGACCGGCAGCGACUCCGAGGGGAGAGAAAAAGGUCAGAACUAUGGCGGGCUGAAUUGCCGUUUCAACGAUGAUGGGCCAGCUUAUGGAGUGAUUCGCUGGACGGGCACCCGGUUCCCUUGGAUGAAGCAGUAG